CCCGCUCUUUACAUCCACACCCCGGGAACAGUAGUUAUUGACGUUUGAGCUUGGUACUCGAGAAUGAUGUUAUGAAUCUCUGAGCAAGCAAGCGCGAUCUUGGAAUCACGGGAUGGACCAUCACUAUCUCAACUCCACCCGACACAGCAGAUGAGGAGCAGCAGCACACUAGCGGUUCUUCAACUCCAACCCUCACUGCAACACAUGAGCGCCUUUAUAGCGAGCGACACAAUCUAGCACUGCAUUGUAUGCGAUCAGAUAACUUUACUUAGGGAGUUUUCGACCCUACAGCUGGCCGGCCAAUGCAAGAACAUGGACCAUCACUCGAUCGACGAUAACGAGGUCUUCGAGAAUCAAAAUAAGCCAAGGCGGCUACCAAGUGAUCUCCCCACGUCACUAGAUGACCGACGAAGCGUACCCAUUCUGGGAGAAGAGACCGAGAUCUAUGAUGCCUGGCAAGGUCAGUCGCAGUUCUUGACGAAUCCGAUUCCUGCACGGCCCCUAGACUUCAACCUGACCCUCGACGAUGGCGGCUUUGAAGAGGAACAAACAUUGUCUCGACUUGAGGAUAGCGAUAGCCGCCUAGUCCAAAUGCUUGCGAGUCAAGCACGGCACAAAAAUGACAGUACUGCAAACGAGGACGAGGAGACGCUUAUAGGAGAUGAUAAGCUUUCUGAGCAGGAGAAACAAAACACACUUCAGAGCUUACUGAACAUGGCGGCAUCCAAUGGAGAUGUUGAAAGAGUUGGUCGACUACUGAAAGGCAGCGCCAAAGACUACAUCGAUAUCGACGCCGCGGACAGUGAUGGUACCCCUCCUUUGAUUUACGCCUGCUGCUUUGGACAUGAAGACGUUGUAGCUGCUCUGCUCGAAGCAGGGGCCAAUGUUGAUAUUCAAGAUCGCAACCAAUGGAGUCCUCUCAUGUGGGCCAUGACCAACCGACACAAAUCGAUAGCAAAGGUCCUGUUAGACCACGGGGCCUCGCCGGAGGUGAAAUCAUCUUCGGGAAGAACGGCAUUCGAUUUUGUUGCCCCGAACAGCGAGAUUUCCGAAUAUCUACACGAGAGUGGCUACAAUAUCGGAAGCGUCGGUGUCGGUGUCGGUGGGGAUGAUUUCUACAACUCAGGCUUCUCUCAGGACCGAUUCGAGGAAGAAAUGCAAGAGAAUGAGAUGAAACGCCGGAUGAUGAUGGAGAGUGCUUUUAACUUGGAGGUAGAUCUCGGGAAUCUUGGUAUUGAUGAGCAGCCUGAAGAUCCCGAGGAGUUUGACGCUGACGUGCAGGAGUUUGUUUGGGACAGGUGCCUGAACGACCAAAUGUUUGUAUUUCAGGAAAGCGAUCUCGAACGCAUCCUUGAUGUGAUCAUCACAAACAUGACGCCACAGCGAUCCCCUUCUCAGAAGCCAGUCCCGGCAAACAUCCUGUUUUUGAGUGCACGCUAUGCACACUACCAUGCCAGUGCCGAGCUCUUGGAAAAACUGCUUAUCGCUGCCAUGGACAAGAUUAACGAUGUCGUAGAGCGACAUCAAUGGGACAUGACGAUACUUGCAUUCUGGAUAUCCAAUGCGACAUUACUUUUGCACUACCUGAAGAAGGACACGGGCCUUUCGGGAGCAACAACGAGCUUUCAGAUCCACAUUGCAGAUCUGAUUAAUGAGAUAUUCAUCCUGAUCAUACGAGAUGCAGAGCGAAGAAUAGACAAAUUCUUCGACACAGCGAUGCUGGACCACGAGACGAUUCCUGGUUUCGAGGACAUACAUUUCCAGAACGAAUGGAAGAUCUUCCGCUCGAAGCCCAAAGCCAAACCCCCAGAGCCGCCAGAAAAACGAUUCAGACCGCCCUCACCCAAGAGACGCGCUCAAAUUGCUCCGCGCAACAUCACUUCGCUCCUAUCGUCGACCUUGUUCGUGCUAGACCUGUACGACGUCCAUUCUGUCAUCACCGCCCAGGUGUUGUCGCAACUCCUGUACUGGAUCGGCGCCGAGACUUUCAACCGCAUCAUGAGCAAUCGCAAGUACCUCGCACGUACCAAAGCAAUGCAGAUCCGCAUGAACGUGUCCGUGCUCGAGGACUGGGCACGGUCAAACAACCGCAAGCCCGAGCACUACGAAAACGGCUCAAUGACAUCAACAGGCGAGACGACAGUCGAGUCCUCCACCCGCCAUCUCGCCCCGUCCGUGCAACUCCUCCAGUGGCUCCAGGUGCUCUCCUCGCUAGGCGACGACUUUGAAGCCCUCGUCGCCACCCUCCAACAACUCCCCCGCCUCACGCACCAGCAGCUCAUCCACGCCGUCAAGUACUACCGCCCCGAAGUCGGCGAAAAAUCUCUCGCCAAAACCGCCCUCAAAUACCUCCACGCCCUCCAGAAAGAAGCCUCGGAGCGCAAGCUCCGCGACAAGAAGAAGAAGCAGCGCGACAGUCUAGCCAAGCGCACCUCCACCGACUCCUCGCCUGCCGCAACCACACAGUCCCAUCCCUCCACCCCCGCGAAACAGCCCUCCGACCCUACCACCUCCUCCUCACCCUCACCCUCCCCCGCAGAAUACCCCGGAGCCGCCGGAGCCAGCGACGCAGAGCACGAACCCGACGCCCCCGAAAACCUCCUCCUCGACCCCUCGUACAUGCUCCCCUUUUCGCUGCCCACGUCGACGGACAUGCUGAUUAGCUAUGGCGCCGGCUUCGGCGGCGUCAAUCGCGAGCGCGAACGCAAGUAUUUGCCCACUGUCCCGCCGGAGUUUUUGGUCAGGCUGGAUCCGAAUGGUGGGCAGGCUGUUGGUAGGCUGUAUGAGGGGGCGCAGUGGAGUGAUGAUGGGUUUGGGUAGGGG